CUAACUUAUUUGUUUUUAUUUUCUUCAAAAUGUGAAGAAUCUAUUAUCUUUUGCGAAUAGAAUAAUUAUUAAUUUAAAUGAAGCAUUCAAAAGAUAAAGGAAUUAUCUUAAAACCUCACACAUGUGUCAUUCGCAUUAUACACAAUUCGAGAUAAAUAACUUAAUGUAAUAAAUUUUUAUUCAAGUUAAUACCAGUGCUAUCAAAGAAUAAAUAUAUUUUUUAUUGUUAUUAACCAUUGUACGACAGGUUUAAUUAUAUAAUAUUAUAAGAGUACGAUUAGUCUGCUGUAAAAAUACCGAUAAAAUGGCUAAAAAUUAUAAGUACAAAUAUUCAAACCCAUUCAAUCUCGAUGGCAUGGACAAAUCGAAAGAUAGUAUUCACAGUUUGCCUUUUUGGAUAGGGUUUGUAAUAUUGUUAUCCCUUUCUUUGUUAUUUGGGAUAGUUUUUCUUAUAGAUGGGUGGUUACCGACCGCUUUGACAAUUAAUGAUGAGGCAAAAUAUCCUGAUUCUUUUAUAACCGACAGAGCAGUGCAGGAUUUAAAGUAUUUAACAGAUUUAGGGCCCAAAAUAACAGGCAGUUAUGAAAACGAACAAAUUGUAGUGGAUUUUUUGUCAGUUCAUAUACAAACCAUUAUAGCUGAAGCACAUUCGAGUCAGUUUAUUGAAUAUGAUAUUCAAGAAGCUACAGGUAGCUAUUAUUUGGAUGAUGCUACAGGAUUUGUAAAUAUUUAUGACAAAGUUCAAAAUAUAGUGGUGAAGGUACAUGGGCAGAAUAAUGAAAGUUCACAUUCAAUUUUACUGAAUUCUCAUUUUGAUUCAGUACCUAUUAGUCCAGGUGCUAGUGACGAUGGUAUAAAUGUGGUAUCAAUGCUGGAGAUUUUAAGAAAACUGGCGAAAAGCAACAAAAGAUUGGAGCAGAAUGUGAUAUUUUUAUUUAACGGAGCUGAGGAAACCCCUUUACAGGCAGCUCAUGGUUUUAUUGCUCACCACAAAUGGGCCAAUGAAUCAAAGUACAUCAUAAACCUGGAGGCUUGUGGUAGUGGAGGCAAAAUAGUACUGUUCCAAACCGGUCCAGAUGCCCCAUGGUUAGUGAAGUACUACAGCAAGGUGCCCCAUCCAUCAGGCAAUGUUGUAGGCGAAGAAAUUUUUCAAUCUGGCCUAAUACCAUCGGAUACAGAUUUUAGAUUGUUUAGAGAUUUCGGAAAUAUGGUUGGUGCUGAUUUUGCUUUUGUAAAAGAUGGAUAUAGAUACCAUACAGCUUAUGAUUCAUUUGAUAAUAUCCCUUCAGGCUCAUAUCAACAUGUUGGCGAUAAUAUCCUUGCUUAUGUCAAGAGUUUAGCAAACGCACCGGAAGUAACAGAAAAAGAACGAAGCCUAGGAAAAAUGGUAUAUUUUGAUAUAUUUGGUCUUUCCAUGAUCACAUAUUCUGCCAGGACUGCCUUGAUAUUGAACUUAGUAACUGCAGCCAUUUCUUUGGGUGUAUUUAUAUUAGCUUUGCUGGUUUUUAGAGUCAAGAUAGAUGGUGAAACUUUUCGUUAUAUCGGCAUAACAACAGCCGCAAUAUUAGCCAGUUGGAUCAUAGCAGCCAUAUUUGUUUUAAUUCUAGCUGUUGUUCUUGAUCUUCUGGGUAAAACAAUGUCAUGGUAUGCCAAUCCGUGGAUUAUUUUUGGUCUUUAUGUGGUGCCUACGUUUGCACUGUCUGGAUGCUUGUUGUAUUUUACUAGCCAUAAAUUUAUAAACUUUCAGAGUUUUUCCUUAAACGUCAGAGGCCAGAUUCAAAUCCAUUUGGUGCGGUUGAUAUGGACAAUCAUUUUGGUUAUUGGAACGCUAUGUGGUGUGCGUUCAGUCUACGUUAUUAUGAUACCAGUCCUGUUUAAUUCAAUAUUCUUUUUAUUAUUACACGUAUUCAGACUACAACAUGCAAUUGGAAUAUGGUUGAUAGUACAUGCGGCAAGUUUAUUUGUGCCAAUUCUGUACUUGUUACAGCAGGUAGUGUUAUUAUACAGCUUUUUUAUACCGAUUACUGGAAGAAUGGGAGCCCAAGUCAAUCCAGAGCUAUUGAUAGGUUUCAGUGUUUUGUUUUUUGUCAUAGUCGGCGCAUCUCACUUGACUGUUUUGACUAAUCUCCUGAGAAAAGCAAAGUUCUACUAUAUCAUCUUGGCAUCGGUGUUUUUGCUAUGUUUGGGUUUGUUGUUCACUCCAUUCGCCUUUCCUUAUUCUGGAAACGAGAGUUCUCCCAAACCUCAACGCCACUGGAUCAUGCAUACUCAGAGACAAUUCUAUCUGGAUUCUGGAGAACUAUCCAGGACGGAAUCUGGAUUUUUCCUGUUGAAUAUGGACAGGAAUUCUCCAGACAUCUUGAAAUCUACUGUGAGAGAGUUGGAGAAUGCGAAAUCGCUGGACGAUGAUUGUGACCAGUAUCCUUUGUGUGCCUUGCCAUUGAUUCAUGCGAAAAUUGCAAAAAAGAUACAUUUCAGCGAAUGGAUACCUGCUAGUGAUCCCGAAUUUCCAUCAAAUGAGACGCUAACUUUUAAGGUUACAUCACAAGAACAAAUCUCCUACACUAAAGUCAAAUUUAACAUCGAAGUGUCAGGACCUGAUAAGCUAAUUUUUUAUUUUACGCCAAGAUCGAAUAUAAACGUUUUGAGUACGUCCCUGUCAAAGGAAAUGAAGCCAUCUAAAAUCGCCUUUCAACAUCGCCCUGUAUAUAUAUUCUUGUAUCAACGAGGGAAGAACGAUGGUACUUCAGUUUCGUUUGACGUCAUCGUUAAUAAACCUCCGGCUCAACAGGGAGCGGUAUUAGACAUAGCUGUCUCAGCCCGUUACGUCCAUCAGAACAGAAUACAGAAAACUGCAGCUUUUCUUGGGUUUCUGGUCGAAUUUCCUCAGUGGACUCAUAUUACACCAUGGGUGGCAGCUUAUCAGUCGCACGUGCUUAGUAGCGGUAGUAGAGUUUAGAUCAUAAUUUGGUAUAGAACAAUGAAUAAAACUUGGCAUGUAGCUCAUCAAAAUCGCUGGAGAUAAACCGCAUAGACAUACAUCUAACCUUACACAAUGGAGAUACCCUUAGACCUUAUAAUCUACGUGGCUUAGAUUGAAAAGUGCCUGUCAGGACAACGUAAAUACUAUUUGGCGCUGUUUUUGUGGCGGACGCGACUCAAAGCUUUUUUUUUCACAACUAUCAAGGGUUUUGCACCGGCAACCCUGCUUUUCUUUGUGUCUUUGUCGAUUAACAGUUUCUAUGUACUGCUUUCAUCUUUGUUUUGUUCGUUAAAAUGUGGAAUAACACGGAUUUGAAAUGACCAGGCUCGGUAUACGUCGUGUAAUGUUAAGUUUUUAAAUUGUUACAUUGUUUGUUGUUACUGUUAACAUUCCUUUUUAUAUAAAUUUAUUGAUAUCUAGCAUUUUAUAACGUAUAUACAUUAACUUGAAUAUUAUUUUUCUUUAAAUUUC